UUUCCCUCCCUAAGAGCAUCUCCAAUGGCAAUGGGUACCGGCUAUCCCAAAUGUUUUAUUUACCCAAACAGACAAAAUGGGCCUUUUGUCCAGACAAAUCCAUCCAAACUUGCCCUAAAUUUGGGAGAGAAAUGGGUCUCCGUUUGUCCUUUGUCCGGGCCCUGGCCCACCACCUCUUUUUUAUCGCACGAGCUCUUCCUCCUCCCAAACUCGAUUUUCUUCGUUCCCCACGUUGUGCUCCACUGUGCAAUUCCCCAACCCCGUCCCCCGUCGGGCGGCCCCCUUCGUCUCCCCGCGCCCUGGCCGCCAUGGACGGCGCGCGGAGAAGCUCGGCACCUGCUGCUGUCCAUGCCGGCGGCGCGCACUUCACUGCCCACCGCCGGCUGCGCCCGCCACCAAUCGAGAACGUCGCCACCCCACCUCCUCCCUCCACGAGAUCCGGCGCGCCGCAGCAGGGAUCCGCUCGGCGCCGCCCGGAUCCGCCGCCUCCCUUCACACCGUGACGCCUCCUGUAGGAGCGUCCUGAACCAGGCGGCGCUCGUGGAGCUCGGCGCCGUGUGCGCCCUGUUCGCGUCAUGGUGGCCGACUGGCGGAGCGGCAUUGCCUUCCUCUCCCAUGGAUGGGCGGAGCGCGUUCAUGGCCGUGGUCGCAGGUCCGCUUCCUCUGGCUCUUCGACAGCAGCGGCGGCAUGGACGAGCGGGGGCUGCAGCGACGGCAGAGCUUGAAGGCGGCGGCCUCGAUGUCAACAGCACGACGCCGUAGUUCAUCUAUCUGAGGCUGGAUUAGUGCACAAUUUGAGGAUGGAUCUUCUACUCACUGAACGAAGGUCGGCACAGUACAUCCUUCCCCUAUUGCCUUUUUUUGUGAGAUCCUUUCCCCUAUUGACUUGCUACCUGUUAGCAGCAAAUUAACUGUUGUUCUGUGAUGGAUUGAGGAAGCUCUUUGGUAGGAGCACAAGUACUAAUCCGAUGUUGUUGGUUCAAUGAAAUUAGAGCUACCAGAUUCUAUAUUUGGCUUUGCUGCUACUUCUUCAUAAUCCCGAUGAGCUGCUACUUUGUUUCCCUGUAACUUUGAACCAUGGACAUGUAAUCUCAAUGUGUAAUCCGAGACGGUUUGGUUGAAUCGGAACAACUGAUUAAUUAAUUAAUUAAUGGCUGGAUGAUCUUUGAA